UAUUACAUAGAUGCUCCAUUUAACAAUUAGUCCACCCAACAUAACAAGCAAGAAACAACAUUCAAUAUCCCAGUUAUCUCUUAUUGGAUUUUCUCUACUAGUCCACCAUUAACAAUCUUACUCAAACAAGCAGGAGGUUGGUUCAACCUCUAUGGAUUCACAACAAAUACUUGACUUAUUACCCCUCGUCUCUUUUUUCCUCUUCAUCCUUGUGGCAUUGAAAAUGGGGAUGAAUCUGAAGAAACCAAUCUCAACACAAAAACUACCUCCAGGUCCAUGGAAGCUACCUAUUAUAGGAAAUUUACCACACCUUGUUAUGUCUCCACCACAUAGAAAAUUAAGAGACUUAGCCAAAAUCUAUGGACCAUUGAUGCAUCUACAACUUGGAGAGAUCUUCACAAUUGUUGUUUCCUCACCAGAGUAUGCCAGGGAGGUGAUGAAAACCCAUGAUGUCAUCUUUGCAUCAAGGCCUCAGAUUCUGUCUGCAAAGAUAAUUUCUUAUGAUUCCACAACCAUAACUUUUGCACCUUAUGGAAAUUAUUGGAGACAGCUACGGAAAAUUUGCACAUUGGAGCUUUUGACCCCAAAACGUGUCAAUUCAUUCCAACCAAUAAGAGAAGAAGAGCUCAACAAUCUCAUCAAGAAGGUUUCUUCAGAGGAAGGAUCAGAUUCAGCCAUCAAUCUCACCAAAGCAGUGCUUUCAUCGGUGUACGCGAUCACUUCAAGGGCUGCAUUUGGCAAGAAAUGCAAAGACCAAGAAGAAUUCAUAUCACUGGUGAAAGAAGUAGUGAUUGUUGCAGCAGGUUUUUCCAUAGGGGAUUUGUUUCCUUCUGCGAAAUGGCUUCAACAUGUUUCUGGAUUGAGGCCUAAGCUUGAGAGGUUGCACAGACAAAUUGAUCAGAUAUUGGAAAACAUUGUCAAUGAACAUAAAGAAGCAAAGUCAAGAGCCAAAGAAGGACCAGAUGAAGAAGAGGAAGAUCUGGUGGAUGUUCUCCUAAAAUUUCAGCAUGGUAGCAGCAACCAAGAUAUUUGCUUAACUAAUGACAAUAUCAAGGCUGUAAUCCUGAAUAUAUUUGGUGCUGGUGGUGAGACAACAGCAACUACCAUAGAUUGGGCAAUGGCAGAGAUGGCAAGGGACCCAAGAGUAAUGAAGAAAGCACAAGUUGAGGUGAGAGAGGUAUUCAAUAUGAAAGGAAGGGUGGAUGAAAAUUGCAUUAAUGAACUCAAAUAUUUGAAAUCAGUUGUCAAAGAGACCUUAAGAUUACACCCUCCAGCUCCACUUUUACUUCCAAGAGAAUGUGGACAAGCAUGUGAGAUUCAAGGGUAUCAUAUACCAGCAAAAAGUAAGGUCAUUGUCAAUGCUUGGGCCAUUGGAAGAGAUCCAAGAUACUGGAGUGAACCAGAAAGAUUUUAUCCAGAGAGAUUCAUUGAUAGCUCUAUUGACUACAAAGGGGGUAAUUUUGAGUACAUUCCAUUUGGUGCUGGAAGAAGAAUAUGCCCUGGAACCACAUUUGGUUUAAUCAAUGUUGAGGUGGCUCUUGCAUCUUUGUUGUAUCACUUUGAUUGGAACCUGCCCAAUGGAAUGAAAUGUGAGGAGUUGGACAUGACUGAGCAAUUUGGAGCCACCAUUAGAAGAAAAGAUGACUUGUUCUUGAUUCCCAUUGCUGCUACUCCUAUCACAGUAAGAGAGCUAAGGACUUCCUAAUGUGUCCAAAGUCAGAGGCAACUAUGUUAUGAACCUCCAUCCUGACAAGGGAAAUUUAGUUCCAAUAAAUUGCCAUGUAGCAUAUGUGAACUGAAAAUGAAGAACCAACUGUAAAGGAAUGCGCACUACUAAAGGCGAAUGAAUAAUUAUUUCGUUGUAUUUAUCUUAGAGAAAUUUUAGGUGUAAAAGACUCAUUUUUUCCUGCUCCUCUUCUCUUUGAUGUAUGAUACUAUAAUCUCUUACUUUUUUCACCACUCUAGUCCUUCGAUUGCUUGUAGCUUGUUUAUGGAUCAUGGUUCAUGAAAAGGCAAUGACACUUUUCUCUUUAUUUCUA